AUGAUUAUUGUUAUUGUUACUUUUCAGAAUCAAAAAUCCCUAAUCCAAUAUUAUUAUUCUGAUACAGCUGAUAUCAGGUAUUCAUUUGAUCCGCGUUUAGUACAAAUUAUUUGCAGUUUCGGGACAGUCUGUUUACUGUUGCAUUCAAUUAGUUUAGCAUCAAGUAGUUAUGCUGAAGAAGAGCAUCAAUUAUGGUAUUAUUUUGGUUCAAGUCUUAUGCUGUUAAUCGGUUUGUUAGUUCUUCUCGGCGAUGUCACUUCAAAUAUUAAAUGGAUUAUAAUAAAAUUAAUCUUGAAGAUACUUCUGUUAGAUCGUUUUCUGCUGCGUCAACUUCAUCGAACUGGUAAUAAAUGGAUACACUUACCAGAUAUAUCUGAUUGGUUAUAUAAGCCUGAAAAUAUCGGUUGGUUGUGGUUGUGGCUAUUAAUAGCAUGGAUCACAUUCCUAGUACUUCGUUGCAAAGCACUAUUUCGUUUACGUCCAACUUGCUCUAUUUGGAAUAAAUGCAAGUAUUACAUACCGAUACCAGUUAGCUUUUUUCUAGUUUGUAAUCAACUGUCAUAUAAAUUAGCUGUAGCUGAAAAUGAAAAUGAAGACGCCGUACACUCAGCUAGAUUUUGUUAUCUGUUAUGCGCUAUAGAUGCAUUUUGUCUAUAUAAAUCAAGAAAUAUUCGUGUGGAUAAAAGUGCAGGUAGAUUAUUUGGUCAAACAACAUCAGAUGCUUCAAAAACAUUUUGGGAUUCAAUUAUACAUCCAUUGUCAACAUUAAUUAUGCUUAUAUGUUUAUUGGGGAAACCUGUGGUUACAAUUCUUUGGCUUGGUAUAUGGAUAAAAGAAGCCCUACUAUCUGAAAUGAUACAAUUAAUAUUUCAUUAUUCCGGUAUGCAUUCAUCGCAUAAAACAUUUCGUUAUGUUUUACCAUUGUGUUCAUGGCUGAUCUAUUGGACACAAGGUUGGGUUAGCUUCUUUCAACAGGGGAAUUCCUUAAGUUUGUCAACUGUCGAUUUGUCUGCUGCAUAUGUUGGUCUUCGGCAUCAUCAACCAUUGAUAGCUGGCCUACUACUAGCCUUUUACACUUAUUCAGGACCAUUAAUCUGGCAGUUAGCCUAUUUCUGUCGAUUUGUCCUACCUGGACAUAAACAUUUCGGUGAAAAAUUCAACUGUCUUGUUUUAGGCUUCAUUAUUUUGCCUAUCACACUGUGUGGCACAUAUUGUUUCUUUCUACAAUCACACUUAUUCAUCUGGACAGUUUUCACGCCAAAAAUGCUUUAUUCUGCUAUUUUUUAUGUAACUCUAGUUCCUGUUCUAUGCUUAUGGGCUGUGAUAACUUCUUGA